CACACACUCAGCCCCAAGUAAGGCCAUGAUUCAAAUAAACAACAUACUCAGAACAGACCAUUCGAAUUUAGCUAAGCGAAGCGAUAUAUGCCGGCAUAAAAUUGCAAUGUCAAUUCGAGAACUCUUAUGUGCGCCACGAGUGGGCACUAGCCCAACGCAGAAGACUUGAUUGGUCUCGGAAGGCCUCACUCACCAUGAGUCAUGUUGCACUCAUUCCAGAUCCUGCACCGCCUCUCCACCGGGUGGGUCGCGGAUAUUCCAGACUCGGCAAAUGUAUAGAUAUCGCAUUUGUAUAAAUGGGGAUGGAAUCCUGCAUGUCGCCGACAAUCAACAACAGUAUCACUUCAAGGACUCCCCACAGAGUGACAGGCCCAGGCAGAAUCCACACAUCAUCCAAGAAUCGAUCACCAAUUGAUCAAUGCCACUAGUACAAACAACCACAUCCUCAGCUCACCACAAUAGAAUGGAAUUUUCCAGCCAACAAUAUCCCGUACCAGCAGGGGUACACAUCAUCCCAGAACAUCUCCUGGACCUCCGUUCCGACACCGAAGUCGACCAUGACCUCCUCCACCCCCAACCCGUGACAGACGAGAAAAACAUCUGGCUCUUCUGGCACAGCGGCUACUCCACCAUGCACCCAUAUACAAAGCGAAACGUGCGCGCAUGGCACCGGCGCUUCUCCAAAGCCGGCUGGGUCGUACGUGUGGUCGACCGUGAACCGUCCUCCCCGCUCAACAUAGCCAACUUCAUCGACAUCAAUGACACGGACAACUUCCCUCGCGCAUUCGCCGAAGGCACCAUCAGCGGUACCUACGCGAAGCAGCACACAUCCGACCUUGUUCGCCUACCUCUACUCCUCAAGUACGGCGGUAUCUACGCCGACGUUGGACUGAUCCAGAUCGGCGACGUGGAUCGACUGUGGCGCGAGACGGUCGGAAACCCGGACUCUCGGUUCGAGGUGCUUUCCUACAAUGCUGGCGAUGCCAACGAGCGCAGCCUUACCAAUUACUUCCUCAUGUCGAGACGCAACAACCCGCUAUUCGAGCGGUGUCAUCGUCUACUGUUGAAGUUGUGGGAAGGAAAGACGUGUACAGAUGGGAUGCAUCGAAGUCCGCUGUUGAAGGAAUUGCCGUUCCUCACUGGAACCGGUAAUUUGACAGAGCAGCAGUGCAGAGAGUUGACGGAUUAUAUUAUCCAGGGACAGGUCAUGACUCUGGUCAUGGGCUUAGUCGAUGAAGAAGAUAACUGGGAUGGACCGAAGUAUGUCGCGGAGCAUGUCUACGGAAUUGAAUUCAUGCAGGGGUCGCAGCUGAUCAAUGACAUGACUGAAUGGGAUGGUCGGAAGGCAUUCGAGCUCAUGUCGUUGCCGCUGCCCAAGGAAGGCGAGGAGGAAACCGCAGAGCAGAAGCGGGCGAGGGAAAUCGUCGAGGCUUGUCUGACGAAGAGUUUUGGGUUUAAGCUCGCUCACGGAUACAUCCUGGAGGUGAUGAAUGUGACACUGGGGUCGUUGUGGAGGGAGAAUGAGGGAUCAGACAAUGUGCCCGGGACGUAUGCGCAUUGGCUCCGGCAUGCAAUCGUGCAUUGGAGUCAGGAUGCACUUCCACCGACACAGGAGUACACUGUGCUUGAGCCGAUUAAGAGGGGACCACUAUUGCGGGAAGAGUAGAUAGACACCAUGAUACCAGUAUAGAUAGCAUCCACUAGACACACA